CUGAUGCAUCAAAUCAAUAUAUGUUUAUGUAAGUUUUGAAACACACUUGAGAGAAGUUGAUGCACAUCAUCAGCACAUGCACUAGCAUAUAGAUUGAGAGAAUUAGCAUUAUUUCUAAGUAGCAUAUAUUCUGAAAGAAAUAAUUCCAUUCCAACCAUAUCAGUGAAUAUUUUCCAUUCAAGGCAAGAAGAGAAGUUAGGUUGCAAUGGCUUCUCCAAACAUUAACAACAAUAAUGCUUUAGAAGGAGAAACAAAACCUAAGAUUCAGGAAAUAUUGAUUAACAUUCCAGAACAUUUUGAAUCAUUGGUGUCUGAUGAAUGUUGCAUUUACAAGGUUCCUUCUCAUCUAUUCAAGUUGAAUGAGGAAGCUUACACACCAAAGUUCAUCUCAAUAGGCCCUAUUCACAGCAAAGAUUCAAAACUGAGACAAGAGAAUCAGAAACAAAGGUACUUCCAUGCUUUCUAUAAGCGCCUAAAUAACUCACAGGCUUUAGCUUUGAAGAGAUACAGAACAAUCUAUCUUGAACAAGAAAAGAAAACUAUAAGAGACUCUUAUUCAGAGCUUGUUGAGCCUUGCAAUGAUAAUGAUUUUAUGAACAUGAUACUACUUGAUUCUGUGUUCAUCAUGGAACUCUUUCUGAGAAAUUCAGAAGAGAAAAAAGAUGAACAUGAUCCCAUGUUCACAACAUCAUGGAUUUGCAAAGCCAUACAAAGGGACUUGUUGCUACUUGAGAAUCAAAUUCCAAUGUUUGUGUUGGAGAAACUAUACAAUAGUGUGUUACUCUUAAGUGAUGGUGACAACAAGAAAAACCAUGAAGCUAAUUUUCUUAAGCUUGCUUUUAAAUACUUUGAAGAUUUUUAUCCACAGAAUGAGCCUAGUGAUAUAGCAGAUAUGAUCAAAAAUUACAAAACUUGCAAACACUUUACUGAUUUAAUCAGAUUCACCUACCUACCCAGAAAAAUUCAGACAAAUGGUGUGAACCCAAAAGACGAUUUUACCCCUUAUCCAAUAGACUAUCAUAUCCCUAGAACUGCAACAAGAUUGAAUGAAGCUGGGGUAAGCUUUGAGAAAGUUCAAGGUAGAAGCUACUUAGACAUAAAGUUCCACAAGAUCAAAAUCCUAAGCUGGUUUUUGUGCUUUGGUUUCUUACCAUUGACCAAAUAUUUCAAAGCACGUUUGCAAAUUCCUCAGCUGAAAGUGUAUCAAAUAACAGAAUGUGUUCUGAGGAACCUAAUUGCAUUGGAGCAGUGUCACUACUCAGAUCAACCUUUCAUAUGCAACUAUGUGUCUUUGAUAGACUCAUUGAUUCACACCCAUGAGGAUGUUGAGUUGCUUGUUGACAAAGAAGCCAUUGUUCAUGAACUUGGGAGCCACACUGAAUUAGCAACACUUGUGAAUUGUCUCUGCAGGAAUAUUGUGGUUUCUUCAAACUAUUAUGGGAAAACCAUCAAGAAACUGAAUAGUCAUUAUAAUAAUUGUUGGAUGCACUACAUGGGGAUGCUGAGAUCAGUGUACUUCCGAGAUCCUUGGAGGUUCAGUUCCAGUAUUGUUGGAUUUGCUGUCUUUUUGUUUGCUAUUUUCAAUUUCCUCAGGGUUAUUGGUGUGUUUCAUCCCUAGAACUCAAAGUGUAUGUUCUAAGAAAUUUCAGUUUGCUAUGAAACUAUGCAUAAUUGUGUGAUCAGUUUAAUUACUAAAUGAUUAAUGUAUGUGAUUACAUUUCUCUCUA